UGGCGGGUCUUUGCUUGCAACUUAUUAACGAUAUUUCAAAUUUUCGCUUCAUCUCCAUCUUCAUCUUCAAUCUGCGUCGUAUCAAGAAGAAUAGAUGCUGUCUUCACCGACCAUUGCCAUUGCACCAGCACCCCUCCAUGUUCUCCCUUCCACCGAUCCUCCGUACAAGCUCCUGCAGUCCCACCCGUCUCUAGCUCUCCUCUCUAAGUGCAGAAGCACCCGAACUCUUAAGCAGAUCCACUCCCAGAUAAUCAAAACUGGCCUUCACAACACCCAGUUCGCUCUCAGCAAGCUCAUCGAGUUUUGUUCUAUUUCACCCUGCAGCGACCUUGCCUAUGCUGUUCUGCUCUUCGAGUCGAUCGAACAGCCUAAUCAUUUGAUCUGGAACACGGUCAUUCGGGGGCAUUCCUUGAGCGAUAGCCCUGCUUUGGCCAUUGAUUUUUUCGUCCGUAUGAUUGUCUCUGGGGCUGUACCGAAUUGUUAUACUUUCCCAUUUGUCUUGAAAUCUUGUGCCAGAUCGGGAUUAGCCCCUGAAGGGAGACAGGUUCACGCACAUAUCUUGAAGCGCGGGCUCGACUCCGAUGUCUUCGUCCACAGCUCUCUGAUCAGUAUGUAUGCACAAAAUGGUGACUUGGAAGGAGCACGCUUGGUGUUCGAUAAAAGUUCACACAGAGAUACUGUCUCUUUCACGACUUUGAUGACGGGCUAUGCCUUGAAGGGCUAUAUGGAUGAUGCAAAAAAGCUGUUUGAUGAUAUGCCUCGGAGGGACAUCGUAUCCUGGAAUGCCAUGAUUGCUGGUUUUACGCAGUGUGGUAAAUUUGAUGAAGCAUUAGAAACUUUUAGGAAGAUGCAGAGGAAGAAUGUGUUACCGAAUGAGAGUACAAUUGUUACUGUCCUUGUGGCCUGCGCUCAAUCAGGUCAUAUUGAGCUUGGGAAAUGGGUACACUCCUGGAUUAAGGAUCAAGGGAUGGGUUCGAAUCUCAGGAUCGUUAAUUCCCUCAUUGAUAUGUACUCCAAGAAUGGGGAUCUCGAAAAAGCCCGUUCCAUGUUUGAUGCCAUCCAAGAAAAGGAUGUGAUCUCAUGGAAUGUCAUGAUUGGUGGUUAUAACCACAUGAACCACCACAGAGAAGCCUUGGAGCUCUUUCGAGAAAUGUUACUACAGUCCCACGUGAAGCCCAAUGACGUCACAUUCUUAAAUGUUCUUCCAUCGUGUGCUUGCUUAUGCGCUCUUGACCUAGGCAAAUGGAUUCAUGUAUACGUGGACAAGAACUACAAGAAUUGUACAAGUACGUCCUUGUCUACGAGUUUGAUGGACAUGUAUGCAAAGUGCGGGAACAUAGUUGCAGCUGAACAAGUUUUCCGCAGCAUGGAGCAUAAGAGUUUGGCUUCUUGGAAUGCAAUAUUAUCUGGGUCAGCAAUGCACGGAGAAGUUGAGAGAGCUCUUGAACUUUUUGAUGAGAUGCUGAAUGAAGGAUUUGAACCCGAUGAGAUCACUUUCGUUGGAGUUUUAUCUGCUUGCAGUCAUGCUGGGUUGGUGGAAUUCGGGCGCAAAAAUUUCACUUUGAUGGUAGAUGAAUUCAAGAUCACCCCACAAUUGCACCACUAUGGGUGUAUGAUCAAUCUUCUUGGCCGAGCGGGACUGUUCAGCGAAGCAGAAUCCAUGAUCAGAUCCAUGGAUAUGGAGCCAGAUGAGGCCAUUUGGGGUUCGCUGCUCAAAGCUUGUCGUAUUCAUCGACAGGUUCAGCUAGGUGAAACUGUUGCACAGAAUCUUUUCAAAUUGGAGCCCAGCAACCCUGGGGCUUAUAUUCUUCUAUCCAACAUCUAUGCUGAAGCUGGAAGAUGGGAUGAUGUCGCGAGGAUAAGAACGAGACUGAAUGAUGUGGGAAUGAAGAAAGUCCCUGGUUGUACAUCGAUAGAGGUUAACAGUGUUGUACAUGAAUUUCUUGUUGCGGAUAAAGCCCACCCACAGAGUGAACAGAUAUACAAGAUGCUGGCUGAAAUUGACGGUCUUUUGGAGAGGGCUGGGUUUGAACCUGAUACGACCGAGGUGCUAUACGAUAUCGAUGAAGAGUGGAAAGAAGGUGCACUGAGUCAGCACAGCGAGAGAAUUGCAAUUGCUUUUGGGUUGAUCAGUACAAAACCUGGAACUACCAUCAGGAUCGCUAAGAACCUCCGAGUCUGUCGGAAUUGUCAUUCAGCAACGAAGCUCAUGUCAAAAAUUUUCAAUCGGGAUAUAAUUGCUAGAGACAGGAACAGGUUCCACCAUUUCAGACAUGGUAGUUGCUCCUGCAAGGACUGCUGGUGAGCUAUUGCACUGUAUCGGAAAUGCAUAUGCUUAUUGAAUAGUGAUGGAAGAAGUAUGUACAAAUGUGAAGUUCUGCAUAUAAUAUUUAUUAUGUCCUGUAAUAAGCUUAUUUUUCUAUAAUUAAAGCAAGAGCUUGAAGGGUAUUAAUUA